GGAAUUCUUCAAUGAUACCCUGAUCCCCUCCAAGCGAUUGAGGCAAAUCACUCUCCCUUGAUGCGUCGUUUAUGGGGCAUCCCAUCGCAACAAGGAUUCCUUCGACCCAUGAUCAGAUCAUGAUUCACUCGUUAUUGAACGAAUGAGUAUCCCUGACAUAUGAAAGACAACGUCUUGUGGGUCGUCGAGCAAAAUGAAUAGCAACAAACCAAGCAUUGGUUGCGUAUUCAAUCCUUUCAAUUCUUUCAGCAUCUUCAAAUCUCAAAUCUCAAACCUCAGACUUUGACGCAAACGCUUGGUUGAAUGGUCCGAAUCCGUAAAAUAGAUUCCACUCACAAUCAGCCCCCUCCACUGUUUCAGCUGUUCUAGGAACUUAGCCUUUUCAAUGCUUAUAUUGUCCAUUCAAUAAGCUUCGACCUCUUCAAUCUCUUCCUCUAAAUACCGGGAAAUAUCUCCAAAUUCAUCUCAUUGCUUCUCCAUCUUAAGCCUCAUCUCAUCUUUUCAACCAACCCUUCAACCCUUCCUUCAAUGGCCUACCAUGGCCUCCUCUUCGUUUUCAUCGUUGCAGCUUUUGUUGUGAAUAGAAUCACGAAGUACAUUUCUGCAAGGCGAUUUCAGAGAGCAAAUGGCUGUAAGCCAGUUCACAGAAUACCUCAACGCGAACGCAUUAUAGGAUGGGAUAUGUACAAGAUUCAAAUCAAUUCAUCCAAACAGAAAAUAAGACUGAAAACUGGAUUUGAAAGAUACAGGGACAAUGGACAUACCUUCGUGCUAUCGAUGAUGGGAUUCAAUUUCUUCAACACCAUCGAACCAGAAAAUAUCAAGACACUACUAUCGAUCAAGUUCAAGGAUUACGACUUAGGAGGAAGACGGAUAGCUUUUGCACCUCUUCUUGGUGAAGGAAUUUUUACCACAGAUGGGGCACAGUGGGAACAUUCAAGGGCUUUGGUACGACCAAAUUUCAACAAAUCUCAAGUAGCGAAUCUUAACAUCUUUGAAAAACACGUUCAAAUCCUCUUCUCAAAGAUCCCUCGAAAUGGAACAACAUUUGAUCUUCAAUCAUUAUUCUUCAAGUUGACUCUUGACACGGCUACAGACUUUCUUUUCGGUCAAUCAGUACAUUCACUCACCAGCAUUGAAGGCUCCGAACAACAAAGUUUUGGAUCAUCAUUUGACCUGGGUCAGAUGAAACUAGAAAAACGAUUUUCAAUGGGCAAACUAUCAAGUUUCAUGCGCGAUUCUGAGUUUGAUGAAGCAUGCAAAACCGUACAUUCAUUCGUCGACAAAAUCGUCCAAGAUGCCCUAUCUAAAAUUGAUGCGAAAGAAGAGAAGGCCAUAGAAGGCGGUGGAGCUGGGAGAUACGUUUUUCUUACAGAAAUGGUCAAGGCAACAAAAGAUCCUAAGCAAUUGAGAGACGAAUUACUUAAUAUUUUACUCGCUGGUCGAGACACAACUGCAAGUUUACUCAGCAAUACUUUCCAUGUUCUUGCGCGCAGACCAGAUAUUUGGGAGAAGUUACAGGCAGAGGUUGACGAAUUGGGUGGCGAAAAACCGGAUUACGACACAAUGAAGGGCAUGAAGUAUAUGAAAUACGUUCUAAACGAAUCCCUCCGUCUCUACCCUGUCGUUCCUGCCAACGCCCGUUUCGCCGCCUGCAACACCGUUCUCCCCGUCGGCGGCGGUCCAGAUCGCAAAUCUCCUAUCUUUAUUCCCAAAGGAUCAGCCGUCGCAUGGUCAACUUAUACUAUGCAUCGUCGAACCGAUAUAUAUGGUCCCGACGCAGAGGAAUUCCGACCGGAGCGUUGGGCGCCGGAAGAGGGAUUAAGACCUGGUUGGGGAUAUCUUCCAUUUAAUGGCGGACCGAGAAUCUGUGUAGGACAACAAUUUGCGCUGGCGGAAGCGAGUUAUACGAUUGUGAGACUUCUACAGGAGUUUGCGAGGAUAGAAGAUAGAGAUGGAACGGUGUGGGGUGAACAGCUUGCGUUGACACUUUGCAGUGCGAAGGGGGUGCAGAUUGGGUUGAUCCCUAGGUAGGAUGGUGAGAUGGAAUAGAAAGAGGAGAAGUUUGUAUACGAUGGAUUAGCAUAUUGGGAUACUGGAUGUAUACAUAUACCGGUUGGGGUUUUUGCACAAUGGAAUGGGUAAAAUAAAUGGAGAUGGCGCAUGCCAAAUAAUGACUCCUAGUUUAAUGAAUGGAAUGAAUCGAAGUUUCUUUUUGGGCGCUUUGAAUAUAUUUUCCCA